AUGGCCGACAACCUGACCUCCGGUACCAGGUUCGAGUACUGCGGUCCUGGUCUGGACAGCUUCCACACCUUUUACCUCGGCCUGCACGGCUACUUCGCCCUCAGUGUCUGCAUCUUUGGAUGCGUUGCCAACCUGCUCAACAUCGUCAUCCUGACCAGGAGAGAGUUAAGGUCGCCGACCAACGCCCUGCUGACGGGAUUGGCUGUCAGCGAUUUGCUGGUGAUGCUGGAUUAUGUGCCAUUUGCCAGCCAUAUGUACCUUUGGCAUGGUAAAAGGUCCAGGGAGCAGAUGUACGAGUAUGGGUUGGCGCACAUGGUGUUCUUCCAUGCGAUAUUCACUCAGAUAUGCCACACCAUAUCCAUUUGGCUGACAGUCACCUUGGCCGUUUGGAGGUACAUUGCCAUCGCUCAUCCACAAAAGAACUCCAGAUGGUGCAGAAUGGAGACGACCAUAAUUGCCAUAGCAAUGGCAUACGUUUCGUGUCCUUUGAUCUGCAUACCUUUGUAUUUGGCGUUCAGGUGA